GUGUUUUGGCGCGCAGGCGGCGCCGCGAGACUUUUGGGCUUCGUGCUGAGGGAGCUCUGUACAGUGUGUGGUCGGAGUGUCCCCGCUCCAGCCCUUCACCGGCAGCUGGACGGGACCUGCGGCGGCAGUGGCGCUCUGGGUGCCGGCUGGGAAGAAAGAGCAACUCUCCUGUCAGGAGUCGUGUGAAGUCAGACACCAUCAUGAGUAGAAAGAAAGACUUAUUGCUGGCUGACAGUAAUGAAGAGCUUAAUAGAAGGAAAAUGAGAGCUAUAAGGCAGUGUCUUAAGAUACUAGAAGAGGACUUUACAGAACCAUAUCAGAUAAACAGUGAUUUGUGUCCUAUGUCAAAAGUGUUGCAUGAUGAUGUGGAGGAUGAAGACACUGAUGUUAUUGGCUUCUCUUCUACAGAAACCAAAACUGAUUUUAAACUUGGGCUGCGCAGUGGCAAUUCACGAAGGCUAGCAAGUCCCUUCAGACCCAGUACUGAAGAGAAAAAAGUUCAGCACAGAGUUUCUUCAAAUGGUGGACUGAGGGAUAAACCAGCUCUAGCUCUAUCAGGAGACAUGGACAGCAAAACUGUGGAAGAAAUUGAUGGAGCUUUGUAUGUAGCUAUUUGUAAUCUCAGCCACUUACAUGAUGCAGAUGAGAUCCUGAAAUACUUGGAAUUGAAAGUGAAGCGGGAAGGAGACAAAGUUGCAGAAGCUGCCAAUAGAACGUUUGAUGAACUUAUUACUUCUCUCUGUUCAAGAAAAAGGAAGUUGUGUGCAGAAUUAGUGAAGAGUGUCAACAACUACAGUGCUAGUAUUGCAAAAGCUAAGGAAGUCAUUGAAGAGAAGAAAAAAUGCUUGAUUGGUGCUGUCAGGAUUGCAAAGGAAUUAAAAAUGACACCUUCUGUAAGAACCUAUUGUGAUCUCACUCAGGUUAUUUGUAAUUUAAAGUUGUCAGUUGACACUGAGGUCUCAAGAGUCAACAGUUUGAAGGAAGAAAUAUCUCCAAGAUUCUCCCUAAACACUGAUGAGAUUACACCUUUGUUAAAAAAUUUGGGAAAGAUUGAAUGGGGAACAACAGGGCAUGAAGAUAACGGACAACGCACUCUUACCCUUGAUGACAAAGAAGAAGUGCUAAGCUGCGAUACUCAGUCAUCUGUAGGGAAUAUGUCUCUAGCACUUAGCAGAGAAAGUAAAAUAAAGGCUCUUGCAAAUAAACUCGGUGUUCACAAAGAAGUGAAAAAUACUCAAGAUCAAAAAACACUUCCUAUGCUGUGUCAGCAGAGUAUUCCUGCUUUACCCAAGUCUCCAUCCAGCCCUGAUGUCAUAAUAGAAGAAAUAUUUGAAGAUGACCUAGAGAAACAAACAGAGUUUCCCACAGAAUGUCACGCUGAUGAACAAAGGAAGAAACUCUUCAACAAGGAAACACCUUUUCAACACAAAGCUGGUUCAGCAGAACUAGUGUUUGUAAGCCAUGUUAUAAAUCCAUGCCACUUCUAUAUUCGGAGAUACUCGCAGAUGAAAGAAGCAGGAGUUUUGGAGAAGAAACUGAAAAAACUUUGUUGUAGUAAGAGUUCGUAUCUCUUAUCUUCAGAUGUUUUGGAACUAGGGGCUAGAGCUUUUAUUAAGAGUAAGGAAACUGAAAUGUGGUGCCGUGGAACUAUCACUAAACUAAUUCCGCUGAAAAGUAAAAAUAAGAGGAAGCCUUGUGGUCCUGUAAGAUACAAAGUUUGUGAUAUUGCACUGCUGGAAGUAUUCCUGAUUGAUUUUGGGAGCUCUGUAGUUCUGACUUCCUCAGGAUACAUUCAUGCUGAAAGGCCUGAACCUGCUACUCUGCAAACUAUUGAAACAGAUGACUUUUCUUUGUUUGUACGGAAGCCCAAUCAGCAUAUUGAGGCAGAACUUGCAGCUGUUCCUCCAUUAGCAGUACGGUGCUCAUUGAAGGAUGUUGUUCCCAAAAAUGCGAGUGAAGGUUGGGGAGAGGAAGCAAAGACAAAAUUUUUAGGAAUGGUAAAUAAUAAAGUUGUUUUAAUGACAAUAUUUAGAGAAGAGGAUGGUGUUCUCAUUGUGGAUUUGAAAAAGCCUCCAUUUAAUAAAACAAACAAUAACAUGCCAGUGUCUCUCAAGGAUGCAUUAGUUUUUUUAGACUUGGCAAGGUUUAGAUCACAGCUUCCCAGUGAGUCAGAAAAUAAUACCAUCCUGCAGUAUAGUCCACCUAAGAUUCCACAAGAAAGAGAAGUAAUUUCUGUUGUAGUUUGUCACAUUAAUAGCCCAAGUGAUUUCUAUCUCCAGCUGAGAGAUAACCUGGAUUCUUUAUAUCUUCCAAAGAAAAUUCAGGAGGAAUAUAAACAUGAGGAUGAGAAAAACCUGAAAAUUGUCUGCCCUGUUGAAGGUCAGGCCUGUAUUGCAAAACAGAGUGAUGGGAAUUGGUACAGAGCACAGAUUAUAGGGCUGCCAAGUCAUGAAGAAGUUAUGGUAAAAUAUGUUGACUUUGGCAACAUUGGUAACAUAACUCUUAAAGACAUACGCAGAGUAAAGAAGGAGUUUUUGAGCUUUCCAGAAAAGGCAUUCAGGUGCAGGCUGGCUUUCAUUGAGCCUUAUAAAGGGGAAAGCGAGUGGAACAGAAAAGCCAAGGAAAGAUUUGAAGAAAUUACUAAAGAUAAACUUAUGCUGUGUUUAGUUGUUGAAAUUUUAGAUAAUAACAUCUUAUCUGUUGAACUCUUUGACUCCUCUGCUGUUCAUGCAAGAAGCUUUAGUAUUAACUUGCAGCUGGUUAAAGAAGACCUGGCAUCAUCCUACAUACGUGGGUCCACUGAAAAUACUGCUGUAAGACCAAAUGAAAUAUGGGAUGUUCCUCUAGUAGGAAUUCCUGAAACCUCAGAAGCUUUAAAUUCUUCAGACAUGGAGUCUGUAGAUGAAGGAGAUUUCAAAUCCCUUUGUAAGAAAGAGCUACAAGUGAGAAUUAGUCAUGUUGUGUCUCCUAGUAAAAUUUUUAUACAGUGGCUGUCAUCAGAAAGUGUACUGAAAAGUUUACAGGAGACGAUGGCUUCAAUCUACAAAGACUCCCAACCACAGUCCAUGAAGUGGGAAAGUAAUAUGCGUUGUGCUGUUUACAUACAUGAUUUGAAACAGUGGCAAAGAGGUCAAAUAAUCAGGAUUGUCUCUGAAACAAGUGUAGAGGUAAUUCUUUAUGAUUUUGGAGCUGAAAAAACAGUGGAUAUCAGCUGCCUGAGAAAACUUGAGGAAAACAUGAAGAUAAUUAGGAAAUUAGCAGUAGAAUGUUCCUUGGCAGAUAUAAGACCAACAGGUGGAAGCACACAGUGGACAGCAACAGUGUGUGAAUGUUUGUCCUAUUACCUAACUGGGGCAGAAGUCAAAAUGAUCAUACAGGAAAGUGAUGUGGCUUGGACGUUGCCUGUGAAAAUUAUUUGCAGAGAUGAAACAGGACGAUUGAUUGAUAUUUCAGAACACCUUAUUAAAAUGGGUUUGGCUUUUAGAAACAGAAGAACUGAUAAAGCUGCUGUGGCUUGCUCAGACUCCAAGGAACAUCUUAAAGCAUGUUUAGAGCAAGAGAACACACAACUGGACGGCUGCAAUUCCAAAACUGCAUGUGCAAGAAACAGCGUUGCUCCAGAGGAAAAUGUCACUGUUUCAGGAAUUGAACAAAAAUCACGUGAAACAAAUAAGGCACUGCUUCAUUCAGGAAUGGAUGAAAUAUAUAAAUCCCCCAUUAUACCCGAAGCAAAAAUUUUUCAAGCUGUAGUAAGCCAUGUUGGACAUGAUGGAACUAUUUACAUAGUACCAAAAUCAUUUGAAACUGAACUAAACAAACUGAUGACUGAAAUACAAAGUAACUUCAAAUGCCUUGGUCUUCUGGAACCCUACUGCUGGAAAAAGGGAGAAGCUUGUGUUGUAAGAGGAUCAGAUACCAUGUGGUAUCGAGGUAAAGUUGUAGAGGUCUGCGGUAGUACUCUCCAGGUACAGUACAUAGACCAUGGCUGCAUAGAGAAGAUUCCUCAGUGUCAUCUGUAUCCAACUACAUUAUAUACUGGUAUUCCUCCAUUUUGCAUCCCAUGUCAGCUCUACAAGACAGUGCCAAUGGGAAAUUUUUGGCAGCAGGAUGCAGUAAAUUGCCUUCAAGAACUACUUACAAAUGAAGAGGUUGAAAUACAUGUUCAGGAACUACCAGAUAACCCAUGGGGCAAAUUGUCCAUCAACCUGUAUUGUGGAGGAAUGUCACUUUCUUCCUUCAUGGCAUACCAGAAGUACUGUGUUGUUGAAGAUGGUCAGGACAUAUCAGAGCUGGAACUAAUUGAAGGAGAUGUUUCUGAUUCGCCUUCCUACACGUUGCCACCGCUGCCUGAUCCAGGAGAUAUCUUUCCUGUCAGAGUUACCCAUUUGGUGUCCCCUAAGGAGGUCUAUAUUUGCUUUGAGCCUUCUGAGAGCCCCCUGCCGCCAUCUGCCCCAGAGGGAGAUGCCAGCUGUGACUCGGAGUUGGAGAGCCUUGAAGAAGCCCUGAAAUGGUGCAAUAAGUGUGUGGAGUCUUUUCCUCUUGUAACACACUUCCAAACAGGUAUGCCUUGUCUUGUAGAAUACCAGGAUGGUUUCUGGUAUAGAGCAAAGCUCCUGUCUGUUGAAGAAUUUGACCCUGUUAAGAUCCUGGUUCAGUUUGUUGACUAUGGUAAUUUUUCGGUUGUCCCUGCAAGCAGAUUGCGUCACGUACCUUAUCAUCUGCUUAAGUACCCUGUUCAGGCAGUACGAGCUCUGUUGGCUGGAUUUAAGCCUGCUUUAUAUGACGAAGAAAAGAAAAGGAUUCCUUAUUCCCCAGAAUGGAGUGUGGAAGCAUUGUGGGCUAUGAUGGAGUGUGUUGAAGGAAAACAGCUUUCUGCUUCCAUCCUUGCUGUUUCACCAGAGGUCACCAUUUCCUUGUAUGGAGAUGACCAAAACUUAGUUCAUAUGAAACUGAUAGAAAUGGGACUUGCAGAUUUGGAUGAGUGACAUCGUUUGAUCUCCGUGUCCAGUGUCACUGGUUCUCAGACAGAUCCAUUAUAGCAAUUGGAUGUCUGUACAUCUAGUGAAACAUGGAAUAUUUUAAAUCAAAAGCUUUACAAUAUGUGUUGUCUACAGAGAAUACUGGAGACAAGGAUUUUCAGAUUUAUUGGCCAACUCUGUUAAGUAGUCAUUUUCCCUCCCAUUUAAUAAGAACUCUUCUAAUCUAUGUUUACAGAUAAUGUUCCAAAAACUUUUGAAUCUUGAAAUAGUGAAAUGAUAUACUCAUGUCUCAAUCUCUUUUGACCUUAGAGCCUUAAGUAUUGUUCUAUGAUAUCUUUCACAUAAUUUCAUGGAAUUAAUGUCAGUAGUAAAGAAAUAGAUAAAAAGCUGGUGUAUUUGUUCUGGUACCUUGUUAGAAGACUUGAAGGGAAGAUAACUUUAUUACUGUGAUAUAAUCUGUGUUUGUUUCAGGCAUAUUUGGCACUGGAGAAGUCUGUUACCAGAGUCUGGAAUGGGGAGUGAACAUUUGGGGCAGGGGGGUGUUACUGUCUUUGUUCUGUAACAUGUUUGUAUUGGCUGCUCUGGUUUCUGUUUUCAGUUGUGAUGAGAUGGAUGUGUUUUGAUUGGCUUUGCACUUUCUUCCUACUGGAGCUGCACUGUUCAUUUGAACGUGUUGGAAUAAACAGAAGCUUGCAUAUAAAAGCUUGUUUGCCUUUGCUGCUA